AUGUUCAAUUGCACCUGGACAGCAGAGGGUGAAGACCGAGGUCGUUUCUUUUCAGGAGCAUCGCUUGGACGAUACAAGCAAGCAAAUGCCUCAUGGACGCAGACAGUCAAAGAAGCAAGGUUUUCUUUGAUCAAUGAUGCGGAUAUGGCAUUAAGGGGGUAUACCAUGAUCGACUGCCCUGCAUCCGCAAAGCGGAUUUGGUUCGGAAACUGCGCCGAGGUCUACCCUCUACUACAUAUGUUGAAGGGUAAUACCAGCCCAGAUGCUGUGUGUGGAAUAGCUGUGCAUCGGAAAGGGGUGCUGCACAGCAAGUAUGAAGAUGGUACCUCGCGAUGA